UGAGCUGCAUCAGGAGUUCAUCCAAUGAAGAGCCGCUACCAGCCAAAAUCCCCCAUCGGAAAUCGCUGUGCCGAAGUUGCCAAGUUUUCUUAGCCAUUGUUUGCCCCUGGUCAUCCGCAUGGCUCUCCAACUCUCGCGGACAGGAAACCAACGCCAAGGAACCGAGGACCCCACGGAGUCCCUAACGAAGGCCUUGGCCAGUUUCAAGGAAGCUCUGACGGCGGAGCAGAGAAAGCAGUUCGAAGACAGCACGACAGUCCCCGAUGCGGGGAGUGUAUUGUUCUUCGUCGCGCAGCUCGAUGCUGAGAACGCGAGCAAGACAAGGCGAAGCAUCGCCCCACGACUAUGUACUUUCCUGACUGCAACCCAGCAAUUUGCGGGCGCUGUUGAAACAUUCGUCAGCUCUCACCCGGAGACGGCGGCUCUCAUCUGGGGGGGAAUCAAAACCGCCAUAACCGUCGCCAGCAACGUCGCCUCUUACUUCGACAAGGUCACCGACAUGAUCAAGGAAAUCGGUCUCAAAUGCCCGACUAUUGAAGAGUUUGGCCAACUCUACCAUGGACAUGUCGGUCUUCAACGUUCGUUGUGCGAAUAUUAUGCCGUUAUCGUAGAGCUAUGCAGCAAAGUUAUUAAGGUGUCUCGCCGAACAUGGCACAAUCAAGUCUUCUCCUCAAUCUUGAGUCCCUUCGAAUCCGAAUUCGGCCCAUACUCGCAGCGUCUGGCUUUGUCCAGGGAGCAGGUAAUGUCGCAGGUCUCUCUUGCCUCACAACAGGCUGCCCAGGAGGCCAAGCUGUUGUUGGAAUAUGAGAGCAAGGAAAACUCCUCGUACAGAUCAUCGGCCUUGAACUUUUUCAAGAUAUCAGUCCAUCGACAAGAAGAGGCGAGGCAAUGGCAAAUUAACAAGACAAAGCGAGAAAAGGCGUCCAUGAAAAUCAAGAUUCGACAAAACCUGUCCCCCAUUGACCACAUCCCACCUUGGAAACGGAUCCUAAAGCAGCGAGUCCAGUCGACGGCCGAGUGGUUGGUACGCGAAGACGCAUUCCUUGAAUGGAAUUCUAGUCCUGACACAUCAAUCCCUUGGUGCUCUGGAACGAUGGGUACCGGAAAGACUGUUUUGAUGUCUAAUGUGGUCUCCUUUCUACAUUCAUCACGACGUGCGAAUGACUCUGUUGCGCAUUUCUUCUGCCAAGCGGAUAAUGAGCCAUCUCUCUCGGCGAGGAAUAUCCUCGGCAGCAUUUGUCGCCAGCUCCUCGAUUCGUUGAUUGAGAGAAGCAGUCACGAAGAUCUGCUUUCCAUAGAGAACGAGAGUGAGCGUCUGGACUCCAAUGAAAUCGUUGAAUUCCUCCUCUCUAGAUUGAUCAUGGGACGGACGUACUAUAUCAUCGUCGAUGGCCUAGACGAUUGUGAGACGGUUCAAAUUCGUCAAAUGGCUCGCGCUUUGGAAAUGAUAUUCCAGGGCAAGGUUGGGACAAUGAAGAUCAUUUGUGCUGGUCGGCCGGACCUGGAAGGGGAAUUGUUCAAGUGGGUCAGACCACAGUAUCGCAUUGUGGUUGACCAAGAGAAGCUCACCCUCGAUCUGGAUCGAUUCAUCGUUGCGACCCUGCGUGACUGCAUGGAUGAGGAGCUAUUGGUUUUUCGAGAUCAAAAAAUCAUCACAACGAUAGCGGAUGUUCUACGGGACGGCUCCAAAGGAAUGUUUCUCUGGGCCGGUCUCUGUAUUAGAGAUCUGUGCGAAAAGAACUGCGAUGAAGACAUACUCGACGCCUUGAAUCAUCUUCCACGUGGUUUGGCCGAGCUUUUUGAUUCCAAAAUUCGUCAAGUUCAGCAGGGGAACGACUCUCACCAAGCAAUGGACUUGCUUCAAUACUGCGGCAUCGUGAAGCGGCCAUUGACCCUUGAAGAGUACCGAGAAGCUUUCAGCGUCUCCGUCGGCGAUAAGUCGCUUAACACAAAACGAUUACCCAAUAACAUGAAUCGAAUUGUCCGCGGAUGCUUUGGUUUGACAUUUGUUGAUGACGAAGAAUAUACCAUUCAUUAUAUUCAUCAUAGCGUGAAGGAAUAUCUUUUCCAAAGGAAGGACAAGGAACCGGCAAGGUUCAAUGCCAAAAGCAUCACUGAGCACUUUGGCUUUCUGUGCAUGAUAUAUCUGAAUUUCGCCAACUUCAGUCGCCAAUUAGUGAAGGUCGAGAAAGAACUCGUUGACCCUCUCUUGCUGGGCACGUCUUCGAUUCAUCCUGACAGUUCCUAUGUGAAAAAAUUGUUCUGGGAGCUCCAGUCGUCCCGGAAAGGCCGUGCGCUGCGGCUGUUGCGUUGUUGCGAUGUUGCGAAGUCCUCCGGAAUCGUGUCGUCGUUUCUUUGAAUUUCAUCACACAUCAAAGUCUGCGAGAUUAGGAGGACUGCUCUAGAGUCACUUGAAGGCCCUAAGCACCAUGGGUCCCGCUCAACAGAUGCGAUGCAGAUUGGCGCAUUUCUCGCUUAUGUCAA